GAUUUCAAAACUAGUAAAACGUUUUAAAUGCAAGGCAUUUUUACCUGUAGUGCAUGUGCAUGCUAUCGUGUUCCAAUCUCAACAAACUGUAGAAACUACGCCGCUUUAGAAAGCCCAACCUACAUCGUGUUCAAUCAUACUAGGAAGCAUCACAACAAAACAAGGUCCCGAUAAAGUCGACUUAAUAAGGAACAGAUGCUUCGGGUAUAACAUUAAUCAAGUUACAAUUAAUGGAUUUGAACUGACGAUUAAGAAAGCCGUGUGAUGUUUAAGAGAGGCGAUUUUUGUCGGUUUCCGUAUAAUUUUUGUACAGCAAAAUGUCCUCCUAAUGUUUUGAUUCUAAAUACCUGUUUUAAAGGAAAGUGUCAAUCACGUCAGAAUUAAGUGCACCGAUUUCUAAAUAAUUGGCCGAUCGAAUUGAUUUUUUAAAUUAUUUAUGAAAUUAAUAGCUAUUAAUAAGAAUCCGAUAUCCUACCGCGCGGAUCCCGCUGAAUUUGACGCCUUUCUGGGACUGCCUAAUCACUCUCAUUAAACGGUGAGGCGGAAUCUAAUAACAUAAAGGAAUCCGGCCAGGGAAAAUAAAAAAAUAAAACUCGGUCACAUAAUUUCUUUUCUGAUAUUGCAAAAUCGAAAUUUGAUUUCUUAAAUUGUUGCAACGAAAAUUUCUUAUCUUAGUUGAACACGUUUUCCUAAGUGAAAGGUGGGAAAUUGAUAAGAAAAUUAAAAACAUCUUAUUCUUUUCACUAGGAGUUUUGUUUAGAAAUGACAAAUAGUAUUAUGAAUUUUUCAAUUGUCUUUCAAACUGUUGCAUUAACGUACUUCUGCAUCGUGAUCAACAUAUUACUUCGAAGUUCUUCCGCUGUUGAGAUUCGAACCGAGUCCAGUUUUCGCAGACCUAAUUUAACCGAUCGUUUUACAACUGACCGUUUGCUGCAGAUCCACGAUGGAAUAGAAUCCACCAUCCACUGUAGCGUUCUUUGUGUGGAGAACCCCCUCUGUGUGAGCUUUUUCCACUCACCCUCAGCGGCUCAAUGUAGAUUGCAUUCUUUCGUUGUUGGAAAUAUAACAGAGACAAAAACAGACAAUGGUUCCAUCUACUUUGUUCUAAAAAGAGGGAUUGGUUAUAUCGGGGAUUCCUGUGCUAUGGACUCGGACUGCAUGACCGGAAACUCCGAGUGUCGGGGAGAACAGUGCUGGUGUAAGGCCGGAUACAGCUUCAGUCCACGACUCUGGUCCUGUGAUCAAAAUUGCAUAGCUGGAUACGGCAAGUUCUACUCUCUUUAUAGUCGCCAUUUUCUCAAUGGACAAAACAGGGAAACACAUCUUAACGUGACAUUGACCCAAUGCCGUGACCUCUGUACCUCAGCUGUUGAUUUCGUCUGCAGAACAUUCGAGUAUGGGUACAAAUCAGAGAAAUGUUAUUUACAGGAAGUGACGUAUUUAGAUUUCCCUGGUGACUGGUAUGAGGAUGUCUACUAUCAUGAGUUUGAUUACUAUCAGAGGGAUUGCUUGUAAAAUUUGUAAUCUGACAUUUGUAUUUUUAGGGGUUUUUUUACUUAGGAUUGGUAGAUUUUCAUUUUGACACAAUAUUUUGUUGUCAAGAAUAUGGUUUAUUAACUAGGUUUUCCUGUUCCAUCUUAUGAAAUCCGUUAAACAUACCUGUUUUAUUUAUCACAGCUAAAAUUGUAUCCACAAUCCAUAUAAAUGCGUCUUGAAUAUUUAUAUGUAUUGCUUGUCAUAAAAAAUUGUAAUGUAAUUUCCAUUUCUGUUUGUAAAACGCCACAUAA